AAAAAUAAUACUCUUAAAAUCUACAUGUGAUAGGUGUGACAUUAUGGUAAAUCAACCUAAUUGAGGGAGAUAUUUAUAGAGAGCUGGAAAAGAGAUAAAAGAGUAAGAAUCUGGGUUAUCUUGUAAAAAUGUAAAUGGGGUUCCAUAAACCAUUCCAGGACUAAAAAUACCUAUUAUGUAUUACACACUGUCAUGCCACUUAAUGAGGGAGUUGGUUCAUAAGUGCCAAAUGUUUGCUUUAGCGAAUAGAUUUAAAUUAAUUUGUGGCAGGAAUAUUUACACUAAAGAGUAGCUGAUCAGUUGUGCAGAACUAAAAUCUUACAGCUCAUUCUGAGACGGCAUUUUCCAUUGGCUUAUGAAAUCAGUAACUGGUACUAGAGUUUGUACAGUCUGUUUUUCAUUGUUUGCCUUAGUUUCUUUGCCCUGUGAGGUCAUUUAGCUCUACACAAAGACUGGUAUAUGCAGACAUAAGUCUUUACUAAAAGUUGCUGCUGUUUCUCCAUUUUAUUUUGGACACUAAAUUGGUUUCAUGAAAAAUAAUACAGUUGAGUAUCCUGAACUGAAAGAUUUCACUCUUAUUCCAAAAAACAUCAUGGCUGAACCUGACUAUAUAGAGGAUGACAAUCCUGAAUUAAUCAAGCCUCAGAAAUUAAUCAAUCCUGUCAAAAUUUCUCGGAAUCAUCAAGAUCUUCACAGAGAACUUCUAAUGAAUCAGAAAAGGGGCCUUGCACCUCAGAAUAAACCAGAGCUACAGAAAGUGAUGGAGAAGAGAAAACGAGACCAGGUGAUAAAACAACAAAAGGAAGAGGAAGCCCAGAAAAAGAAAUCUGAUUUGGAGAUAGAACUACUGAAACGACAGCAAAAGUUGGAGCAACUUGAACUUGAAAAACAGAAGAUUCAAGAGGAGCAGGAAAAUGCCCCAGAAUUUGUGAAGGUGAAAGGCAACCUGAGAAGAACAGGCCAAGAAAUGGCAGAAGUCCAGGAUUCUUAGGCAUACACUAUACAAAAAACUUGCUGGAUUUUAGCCCCUUGCUGCAGAGAGGACGUUCCUGUAGGAUCAUCUCCAGUGCUGCUUCCUUUUGAGCCAAGAGUAGCAUGGAGAGACAUCGGUUUUUGAGAAAAUGCCAGCCAGCAGAAGUUUCAAUUUUUAAAAAGGGUUAUUUUGUUUAUCAGUUUUCCUUGAAUUUAGGGGGAAUAAAUUGACUAUGAUAGCUGCAGUUCAGAUUCGCCAAAUGAAAUAUGUUGACCAGCAGAUAAGCAGCUUAUUGUUGGUAUAACAGACUUGUCUUCAGAGAUUCAAAAGAAAGGAUGAGGACACUGGAGUCUUAAGUGUUGCACUACUUGGUUUCUUCCGAUCUAACUGUAGUGGGGACAUAAUAUUUGUAUUUUUUUCUUCUUUUAAAAAAAUAUUAUUUUUCUAACUCUUGGUUAUCUUUUAAAGAACUUAGCUUACAUAAAAAUGUGCUUAAUCUGUUACUUUUUACAACUGUGAUUCUGGUUUGGAAAGCCUGAAAAUCUUAGCAUGGGUUAAAUCUUAACACCGAAGUAUGGAAAAAAUGUUCAUUUGUAUUAAAUGAUCAAUACAGGUUAUAUCUUAAUUGAUCUUGAAUUUACAGAAUUAGAAAGCUGUGAGAAAGUUUUAAUAAAAAUUCCAAACUCUGAACCCAUUUUUAGGAAAACCAUAGUACAUAGAUUAUGUAAAAAAUUUUUUUCUUUUUUUCAGUCAUUUCUAUUUUUGAUCAGCAAUAUAUUGUUUGGUUAACAUUCCAAUCCAAAGGAGGGUAUUUAACAAAUUCUCUGAUGGUUUGUUAACAUAGUUGUCCCUCUCAGUAUUUUCUUUUCUUGUUUUUUCAAGCCUGUUUUUUAGGCAAAAUGUUGGGAUUCUGUAGACCUAAGUUCAGUGUUACAAAUAGAGGUCAAAAUCCUUUUUAUUACUUUGGUCUGCUUUUAGCCACAUGGGGAACAUCCUAAGUGGGAGCUCUGUAGCAAGAUAUUUUGACUUAAUGUUUGAUGCGAGUGUAAACUGGUCUCAAGGAGACUUACAUUAGAAGAUUUUCUUGCAUUUGUACAUUUUGAAUGCUAGAACUGAAACUUUGAAAAUUUUUGAUUAAUGAUCACACAUGCCUUUACUGUUUGUAUUUUUCCUUAUGAAGGCAACAUAUUACCACUGUCUCAGUCGUAAUGACUACUAAAUUCCCUCUCUCAGGAAAAGCCAACUUUAAGGGAGAGAUUGCUAAGAUUCUUCUUGCUAGCCAGAGCAUUGUUAAGAAGCAAUUCCCAAUUAUGAAUUAUAACUAAAUAUUUAUGCAAAUAUAUUUUCUAUCUUAGGCAUGUGCCUCCUAUUUUGGAUGGAAUUGGGAAAUGUGUAGCUUCAGUAUUGUUCUCUGUCUAGGAUAUCGAGCCAGUGACUUCUUUUGGCAAGACAUUAUUUUUUGCUUGACUUCAUAUAAAGUUUAACCUCGAAGCCAUCUGAAGGCCUUGAAAACCAUAAUAGAAAUUGGCAUCAUUGAGGGAUAUUUUGUAGGACCAGAUUUCAAAUCCUCAAGUGAACAGCAUAGCACAAAUAUGUAAAGUUACAACAUAAAAUUUAAAAAAUAGCAAAUUAUAUUUGGAAUAGAUUAUCCAGUAUAUCAGUGAGGCUUAUUGCUAUAAAAUACAAAUAUGAAUAUAGGCAAAAAUGUUAUUUUAUCCUAUUAGUUUUGUCUUUUUAAUGAAAUGGUAAUGGCUGAGAUUUUCCUCCUAUUUCUCUACUUUUGAGAAGAGAAAGUAUGGUGAUGGAUCAUCUCAAGAGGAUAUUUCUAAUCUCAUAUUGACUAGAUUUCUUCCUUUUGUGUGUGAGAUCAAUGGAGUGAUUUAUAGUACCAGAAUUUAGGAUAAGUCCAUAACUCUCCAUAAUUCAGCAGGAUCUUAGCUCUUUAGUUUCCUCCAUUUGUGGUCAAUCUCCCAUUUGACAGAUAUUAUUGGGCUGUUCAAAUUGAAGACACCAAUAUGCUUUGCCUGCUCAGUUCAGUCCUUUCAAAGGAUCUUCCUAUCCCUCAGUAUCUUUAGUUUGCUUGAAGCUUAUUCUUCUAUGGCAGUAGUGAGGAAUAACCAAAAGGAGUAAUAAUAGUGGAUUGAUAUUUUCCUCCCAAACCCACUAGUAGGUGUGCUGAAUGCUUUUUUAGCUUAAUAAAAAUGCCUCCAAACAGCACUGUAAAUAUAGUGUGAAAGUAUGGUUUGUUGUUACAAGACAGGUAGAAUAUAUAGUUAGAGUUCAUCUUAGGAUCCAAUAGGUCCAACCUAUAAGUCUGAGUUAAAUAUGGCAAGCAAAAUCUCCUUUAACAUCAAAAAGCUAUACAAUUUGGUUAGAAUUUGUAGAAAUUUUCUGAGCAGUUCUGUUAUUGAGCCACUUUCUAAUUUUGCAAUGGUCCAAUGUUUUAUUUGAACUGUUUUUCUGUCCUCUUAAAAUAUUUGAAAAUUUUGUUGUCUCCCACUUUGAUAGCAUGGUAACAAAUUUGUGUUGCUUUCUAAGCUACACUAUGACUUUAUUCUUCUAUCUGAAAAAACCUUGACUUGUUUGAGUGUAUAUAAUAUAUAUAAAGGGAGCCUUAAUGGGUUUGUUUUCAUAAUUUCAUAAUUUAAUAUUUUUUGUAUUUGCUCUUGUAUAAUUGUUUUUAACUGAAAGUAUUACAAAAAAAUGAGGGUGGAAUACUUAGAACCAAAGUUAUGCUUAAUAAAAAUCUACUACAUGCUUGAACUAUA